AUGUCUUUGCUGCAGGCGUCAUUUGCUUCUGAUACAGAAUCAGAUGAUGGAGACUUUGAGGGUAGCGACAGCAGCAGCAGCAACACAGAGGAGGAAGAAGAGGAUGCUGCUGCUGCUGCAGCUAACAGCAGCAACAGCAGCAGCACCAGCAAUGGUGCAGCAGCAGCAGAAGGUUCUGCUGCUGCUGAUGCAGCAGCAGCAGCAGCAAAAGAGGAAGCAAGAUGUGGUAGAAAGAAAUGGAAACUUGAUCUCAAACAAGGUAAGAAGACUAAGAAACGCAUGCAGGAGCAGCAGCAGCAGAAGCAGCAGAAGCGGCAACGUGCUGCUGCUGCUGCUGCAUUUGAGGAACUGCAGCAGCAGCACCAGGAAAAUAUAAAAGAAUAUCCUGCAUCACGAUCUCGGGUGUGUGUGUCCGAAGAACUUAAAAAACAAAUUAAGGCAGCAGUAGAACAAGGUACAUGGGAGAAUGAGAAGAAAGUGACGAAGACCGUUAGAUAUGCAGGAAAAGAAUUCCAGAUAGAGGAGAAGGUAUCAAUAGAUAAAUUAGAUGUAAUAAAUAAGAAACAAAGAGAUGUACAAAUCGUAGGAAACCUUCAGGCAUUAGAUCUAUUAGAUAAAGCAUUAACAAACGUAACAACAAUUAAUUCUGUGCAAAAGUCUCGUGCGGACUGGAGUCAAUUUAAGGAGAAGGCGGGCAUUGAGGAAGAACUCAAGAGAGGCAAAGGGUAUGCAAUAACAGCAGCAGCAGCAGCAACAGCAGCAGCAGCAGCAAUAGCAGUUGCAGCAGCAGCAGCAGCAGCAGCAGCAAUAUAUAGAUUUCUUUGCAUAACACGGUAG